GACGUUAAAAUAACCUCAAAACAUCCAUGUUUUUGUUUGCGAAGUGCAGUUGAGUGCAUAGUUUCAUUAAAAAUGAGUGAAGAAACCGCAAAUAAUGAUCCAAAUAAGAAAAGAACGAGGAAAAAGCGCAAGAAUUUCCUCGCGAACGCUAAGAAAUAUGCUAAGAAAGGUCAAAUGGGUCGCGGGACGAAGAUUCCUGAAGAAUUGUAUCAGUACUUUGUUGGUAUCCUAGAUGCCAUGAAACAGGGCAUUCAGGAUAAGGAGGAAAGACAUGCGUUAGUAAACAAUGUGCUAGAGCGCACAAAAGGUGAAGAACACAACGUAGUAGGCAACCAGCUCGGCUGUCGAGUCAUAGAACUGUUGCUACCCUUCGCGUCAGCCGAGGACCUGGAACGGUUCAUCGAAGUACUCUCACCAGACUUACGUAAACUUUGUGCAGACAACUUCACCAGCCAUGUGGUAGAAACAUUGUUAAGGGUAGCUUGUGAGAGAGCUACUGAACAUUUACAGACAGAAGAAGAAAAUAAUGAAGAGGAAGAGGUCCCUAAGAAAAAACCCAAAUUAGAACCAAAAACCGAAUCUAAAUUUACAGUAGAACAUAUACAAAAAUGCCAUGAAUUCACCAUAAAAAUAUCAAAAUAUGCACUGAACAAUUUAGAAGAUUUUGUAUGGGAUCAAUACGCAAAUCAUAUUUUACGUAGCGCACUAAAAUGCUUAAGCGGUAUCACUUUACUGCCUGGAGAGAAGCCUAAAGUUAAUAUAUUCAAACAAACAGUUGAUGACGGUAAGGGAAUACCACCGCAUACAACGAAAAUGACUUACAAGAAUGUUCCGGAAGAAUUUAAGGAGAUAGUCAAAGAGUUUGUGAACCGUUUGUCAGCAUGGCCUCAGUUUAAAGACUUACCGUAUCAGAAUAUUACAUCAGGAUUACUGCAAGUUAUGCUAUACGCUAUAAAGAAUGUUGAUAAGAAUGCUACGAAGGACUUGUUACGGAAACUGCUGGAUGAAAGCUUUGCGCCUGAGGAUUGGGUGGCCAACAGUGAUGAUGAUAAGAAAGACGUUAAGGAUGCGGAAGUUGAUGAUAAUGCGGUGAAGGCUUGUAAUCUACCACCUGUGUUUGAGUCUGAAUCUGCUGUGAGACUACUAGAAGCAGCUCUCUUUGUGUCAAAGAAAAAAACAUACACCCAGAUCUACGCUCGCUGCUUCAUCAACCGGCUUGGACAGCUGGCUGCGAUGCCCAUGCUCAACUACACGGUGCAGCGGCUCAUAGACAACUGUGACGUCAAGGAGGAGUUUGAGCCGAUGUUUGAGGAGCUGUCAGACCGUCUCGGGGCGCUGCUGUCGUGCGGCAACACGGGGGUGCUGGUCGCGAUCGCGAAGGCCUGUCUCCGCCUCAAGGCCAAGCAGGCGCAGUUUGUUAAUAGCCUGGAAGCAGCCCUAAAGUGUAACUCUUCUGAAAAUCAGAAGUACUUCUCCGUGCUGUGCCUGCGGUUGCUGCCACUCGACCGAGUUGACCUGAACGCUUUGGAUAAAGAGUACUUCAUCAAUGUGCACGGAUCUGUUAUACUGCAGUGCAUACUGGACUUUCAGCGUCCAGCAAAAGCAGUGACCGGUCUCCUAGACCUGACGGCUGAGCAACUAAUGGUGAUAUUCUGCGACGCGAAGGGCUGCCACGUGGCCGACGCGCUGUGCAAGGGACAGUGUGUCGGAGUCAAGGCUAGGGACAAGCUCGUGUGGCGGCUCAAGGGCUUCUACCAAAAGUUGGCGCUCUCCCAGUACGGUUCCCGCGCUUUUGAACAGAUCUUCAACGUGGCUUCUGUAGAACAGAAGGUGAAGUUAAUGAACGAACUCGCAGACAAGAGCAGUCUUCUGAACAGUACCCCUUACGGUCGGAUAUUGGCCGCGAAACUUCAGCUCGAUGUAUUUAAACAGUCGCAGAAGAAGUGGGAAGAUACGUGGAAGAAGAAGGAUGCUGUUAAUAAAUAAUUUGGAUAGA